AGAAGACAAUAACUUAGCUCUCGAAUAAAAGUUCAUUUUUUCCAUAGCCUUGGGCCUAACACACCGAGAGGUAGGACGCAGAGCAUAAAAUGGAGACAACGGUAGGUUUUAAAACCCUAGGUUUUAUGACGACGCCAUGUUACAUCCACUGUUCAGGAAUAGCUUCAUUUCGUCGUUGCCCGUCUUUCUUGCAUAAAUUCAAAAAUAAAUUCAACUCCCCGCUCUCUCAUCACUCCUCUCGCUCGUCUCCCAUUUCUUCACUGUCUGAAAAAUCGACUGGGGAUUCAUUAGUUACUGGGAUUGGUGUGGCGGGAAGCAAGGUGUCCGAGGGUAAACUUCUUCAAGUUGUUUUGGUUUCUCCACAGAUUCCUGGAAACACUGGGUGCAUUGCUAGAAGCUGUGCAGCUUCAGGUGUUGGGCUACACCUGGUUGAGCCACUGGGAUUUGAGGUGGAUGAUACAAAGCUAAAGCGGGCUGGACUUGAUUACUGGCCAUACGUAGUUGUUAAAGUGCACAGCUCAUGGUCAGAUUUUCGAGAAUAUUUCAAGCAACAGAAAGGUGAAAAAAGGCUGCUGGCAUUUACUAAAAGAGGGACAAACAUUCAUUCUGAUUUCUUGUAUAGGAGAGGGGACUGGCUUGUAUUUGGCUCAGAAACCACCGGCCUACCACCGGAAGCGUUGGUUGACUGCAAAAGCGAACCGCUUGGUGGCGGUUUGAUUAAAAUUCCAAUGAUUGAAACUUAUGUAAGAUGUCUUAAUCUAUCUGUUAGUGUUGGCAUUGGUUUGUAUGAAGCUUCAAGACAACUAAACUAUGAGCAGCUUCAAUCCCAUUCCCAUAACCAACCAUGUGAUGAUACUCGCUUACCUUUUACUCAAGAUGUAUUUGCUUAAAUUCAUCAAAUUCAUCAAAAGACUGUUGAAUCUUCUUCUAUGGUGAGAGGUUAAAUUGGAAGAAAUAGAUAGCAAUUUUAUGGCUGAACAAAAAUUUCAAAGUAUAAUAUCCUAAUAAGAAAAAUAGGUAAAUUUCAAUCUCUUUUAAUUCGGUAAAUUUUCAAAACACAGUAUAUAGUUUGUAUCAUUGUAUGUGUAAUUUUGUAAUAACAGAAAUAUCGGAAACUAAGAUGGGUGAUAUAAUUAACUAAUAAACACAACUGUUAUUUCUUGAA